AUGGCAUCGAGCAUUGUUUCUAUAGAUGUUAAGGAGUUUUUGAACAAAAUCGCCAAAACAGAGGACCACAAAAAUGCCUGUAAACACUUCGAAACCUUUUUGAAUCCGACAUUGAAGCCGACGUUACCGUUUGUUCUCCGAAAUCUUUCAUUUUCUAUCAAGGAUGAAGAAUUAAAAUACAAGCUGUAUACUUUACUAUAUCGGGAGUUUGGAGGAGAUACGGAGCUACAGGAUUACUUGAAGGAAUAUGUUGAGCAGCUGAUAACGGUAUGCCAAAGUGAAUAUCUUUUUGACCUUUUAGGAUCCGAAUGAAAGUCUACUGGAGCUGGUUACUGCCAUGGUGGAAGAGUGUAGUUCUGAAUUUGGAAAAGAAGAGAAAGAGUUGAUGAAGAAGUUCUUUAAUGCCCAGUUAUUACAUUCUGGAGCUUUUGUGAGGCUACUGAACGCUUGCAUCGUAUGGGAUCACGACUUUGUGCCGGUAUGUAAAAAUAGCUUUACAUAAUUUACCAGGUUGUCAACCUUACAUGUAACUUAACCUUUUUAGUUCGCAAAACCAGUUCUUCAUGAAGAAAAAAACUUCAACCAGUUCUCGGACGAGCUUCUCGAAUGUAAAAUGUUGUGUACGGCACGAACUAUGUGA